GCAUGCGAGCCGAAAACAUGAGGAGCAAGUGUUUGUGUCAGAUCUGUACCUGCGGGCGACAUCAUUGUCCACAUGGAACCACAAGGAUUUAUGAAAAUUUUGGCUUGUCUUGCCCCACAACUGAAUACUUGGAAAAGUAUCCCAUGUAUGGCAAUGUUCUUCCACCACAGAGUCUUAAACCUAAGCAAGAAUUUCGAGCAUGCCGUGGUAAAAUGGAAGGAAUAACUACAUUUAAAUCAGAUUAUCGUCCUUAUGAAAUAGUCAAACAGCCUCGCCACAUACCAGAAGAAUAUAAACCAAAACAAGGGAAGAUUGAUCUUGGUACUACCUACAAACGAGAUUUUAAUUCUUAUAAAGUGCAGCCUGUGGUAAUAGUCCGGCCUUUGGAAAGACAACAAGUUAAAAAAGGGAAGUUGGACACUGUCCCAACCUAUAAAGAUGAUUAUAGAUCUUGGGGCAUUCAGAAAAGUGAACUUUAUAAACCAGAACAAACUUAUCAUCCCCCAACUGUGAAAUUUGGAAAUUCAACUACCUUUCAGGAUGACUAUGUUCCUCAGGAGAUAAAACCGAGGCAAAGCUUUAAGCCCUUCUCUGUGGUCAAGCGUUCUACAGCCCCUUUUAAUGGUGAUACAAGUCAUCGCAUUGAUUAUGUACCUCAUCAGCUAGAAAUCAAGUUUGAAAAGCCAAAAGAAGUUUACAAGCCAACUGACCAACCUUUUGAGGAUCUCACAACUCACCGGAAUGACUUUCAGGGUCUUGUUGGUGAAACUGCAAAAAUCUGCCGACCUGCCCACACCAGGGUGACCCAAAGUGCUCAAUUUGAAGGAAACACUGAAUUCCGGGAAAGUUUCCAACCAUGGGAAAUCCCACCACCAGAAGUCAAGAAAGUACCAGAGUAUGUGCCCCCUACAGGCAGCAUGCAGUUAAACAGCACAAGCCACCUUGACUAUGUUCCCUAUCAGGCCAACCGUGUUGUUCCCAUCAGGCCAGUUUCUCACAGAAGAAAAAACAAUUUUCCUUUCCAAGGAAAAAGCACCAUGAAGGAAGAUUUUCCAGUAUGGGAAAUUUGUCGUCAAGGGCUCAUUAAGCAGCAGCAGCAGAUUCCCAACCCUUCUGGAAAAUUUGAUGGUUUGAGCACUUUCAGAUCUCACUAUGUGCCACAUGAAUUGAUUCCAACAGAGAGUUGCAAACCUUUAAAUGUUGUUCUUAAGAGUUCUGUUCCAUUCGAUGAUAUCACUAUGUAUUCUAUAGAGUACACACCAAAGAAACAGGAAAUCUGCCCAGCUAGCUAUCCCUCUCCUCCAGGUUAUAUAUUUGAAAAUACAAAUUCCCAAGGCCAUAAAUUCUUCCGCAAGAUCACUCCUGCAGCGAAAGCCUCCUAAUCAUCAAAUUAUACUUAAAAGGAAGCUAACUACAAGGUAUUGAUUUUUCAAGGGAAAACCUGAUUUUUAUAGUGAAGAAACUAUAAGAUAAACAUGAUUUUUCAGAUUUUUAAACAAAAUUGGAAAAUGUAUUAUAGGAGAUCAGAAUCUUAAAAUCAAUUUUUUACUGAUAUUUUAAUCAAGAUUGUGUUUAAUCUGCAUUUCUGAAUGUUGAAUAAUGUACAUUUCCAUCUGAACUACUUUAAUAUUUAGCAUACUGUUUGAUAUUUUAUCCUUAAUCUAUUAUCAUUUGCACUUCUGUUUAUAAUUAUGGCAAUUAUGUGGUUAUAAAGGUCAUAUACCAGUUACCACUUAUCAAGAACAUUGGGACCAUCUACAGCAACACUGAAAACAACAACAUAUGGAUUUCUCUUCCAAAACAGUACAAUUCAGUUUCCUCAGACUUUAAGGCACCCAGGUAGUGUACGCCAAGUCAAAUUUUAGGGCAGUGCUGGAGACCACUCCUCACUACACUGAAGUUAGUAAGAAACAUUGCAACAUGACAGCUUUGGGGGGCUGGAAAUC